AUGGCGCGAAAGCGGAAGGCCAAGGCGCUCGCAUCGAAGAAGACCACGGACCAGACGACGAACAAUGCCACCGAAAGUACCGACCCGCCGCGUAUUGGCUUCAUGGACCUGCCAGCUGAGAUCCGCACGGAGAUCUACGGCUUCGUGUUCCAAGAGGCGCGACACGUCUCCCUUGAAGUGCGGAUGCACAUUCAUGGAAGGCCUAGGGAGGUUUGUCGCCCCAAGGCCAGCAAGCAACCCGGAAAGGUAAGAUACUGUAGUGCGCGGACCGGAUGCAAAUUCGAGGCUGACUGUAUGAUCAGCUCUACAGCAGGAAGACUAAGUCGUGGGAACCCGCGCCACUCCAGUACAUCUCCAUCCUCUUUGCCAGCCGUCAGGUCUUCCACGAGGCGGAGCCGGUGCUCUACGGCUGCAACGUGCUUAGCUUCUCCAGGACCACCGCGCUCCAGGAAUUCAUCGACGUGAUCGGAAAGCGCGCGCAGCAUAUCCGCCAUGUGCAUAUCAAAUCGAACGGCUACAAGAAGACAAACGCCCGCGCGGCUUUCAAAGCCCUCGCUGUGGCGAAGGGUCUGCGCACCCUGAGCAUCGAGCACAACAACGUGUGCCCGAUCUCCUACGGGUAUCGGCCAGCAAGGACUAGCGCAGCUGAUGUAGCUGCCGACUGCAAGGUAUUGAUGAAGACUUUGCAGAAGCAUAGGCAAGAGAAUGACUUGUCGGGCAGUGUACCGGAAGUCCUAGAGUUCAGGAUCGAUCACCCGCCCACUUCCUGUUGCGUCAACAUCAGCGCAGCAAAUGCCAAUAUCCAGGCUCAGGCUCGUCGUAUCAUCUCUGGAUACUUGGGCCUCGGAAACUAA